AUGAUGACAUGUGUUGAAUGGAAUUUUGAACUUGUGCCUCGCUUUGAAUUUGUUCCGAAUGGCUCUGCCCUCGACUCCGAUCUCUACUACCAACAGCUACAGUAGGUUGAAUAACUCGUCAAAUGUCAGCCGAUAUUUCGAAAUAUAUUCUCGUAUGGAAAAGAUUAAUUUAUUAUUAUGAAGCAUAAUUCUAUGCUGAUUUAGUUACCUUGGGGUGCCGGUUUUUGAACGAACUCCUUUUCGGCUGAAUGCAAGAACUAUACUCUGCAGAAAAUGACUUCUUAAUUAGCAGCAUUUUCUCACUCAUUUUCCAUAGUCUUAAAAAUUCAAUUAUACUUCAUGAAAAACAUGCAUAAAAAUACUCGUUCUUCUACUUUUCAGUAGCAAAUUACGUUUUCUUCCAAUUUUAAACUCUAAGGAAGGGUAAAAUUCGGUUUAAAAACGUUUCUAAUUGUUAGAUUUUUUAACACCGUGAAAUGGCCAUUCAUAAAACGCCAUGUCUCUGGAUUUACCAAUGUGGCUUUUAAAGUUAACAAUAUGGCUCAGAUGCACUGCUAACUUUUAGAGACCCUAUAUGGUCUCCUUUAAAUACUGUAGAGAAAUGUGUGGUUUCGCGUACGCGGAAAAUCACGGCCUGUAGUUUCGAAACCCUGAAUGUAAGUGUAACGGCAGGUCGGGUUCGAAAUUAUUCGGGAAUCGGAAACGUCUUUGAAAACCGAAUUAUACCCCUCCUUCGAGUAUUACAUUGGUAGAAAACGUAAGUUCCUACCGCAAAUGUAAAAGAAUGAAUAUUUUUAUGCAAAUUUUUUAUGACAUGUAAUUGAAUUUUAGGGGCAUCGAAAAUCAAUGAGAAAAAUGUAUGUUAAAUAUGCAGUCAUUUUUUCCAGAGUGCAGUUUUUGCAUGCAGUCGGAAAGGAGUUCAUUCGUAAGCCGGCACCCUGAGAUGACUGAAUCAUUAUAUAAUUAGGCUUCACAAUAAUUAGUUCUACAACCCUCCCUAAUUAAUAUUUUCGAAACGAGGACUCAUUUCAAAAUUUUGACUGAUAUUUCAUGAGUUAGCCCACCUACUGUAGACCAAGUCUGCAAUAAGCCUAAAGAGAAAUAUCUGAUAUCUAUUCGUCGAAAAAGGACUCUGUCCCACCAAGACAAUGUCCAAUCUCAUACUGCAAAAAAGGCGAGGGACAAGUUAAAAGGACUGGAGGGUGUCGAGGUCCUUGCACAGCCGACCUGCAGGCCCGAUGCUACACCAUCUAUGGUCUCUUCCAACCAAUGCAGCACAUGUUCCGAGGUCGUCCAACAAGCAUGCAAGGAAUUUUUCGGACAAAAGCCCAAGGACUAGUACAUUAACUAGUGCCGGAUUCUUGCAGAUCGGUGGCAGAAAAGUGUUGAGAAUUACGGGCUCUAUUUUGAAGAAAAGUUGUUAUUGUCUUUGUUACUAAAAGGCAAGGCAUGAAUUUGUUCAGCAAAUCUUUUGCACGGAAAUCUGGUUUUCUGCAAGUUCUGCAGAACUUUUGUCCCAGCCUAUUAUUUGUCAGCUCACAAUUGCGCUGUCUAUCAAAAUGGCUUCUGAAGAAGAACUGCCAAGAAUCGUUAGUUGCACGGCUCAGAAUACAAUGGCAAACGCCGCUGAAAUUUCACGACAUCAAAAGCCCUACCAUUUGGUCAGUGCUUACUUGCUUGCAUAUACACACACGACAGUUCGACCGUCGUGCCCAACGGUUUCCACCGUGUGCUCCACAGCAAGGUGAGAGCAGGCACGGUGACUUACGCGUGAAUUACUUAAAGGGGAAACAGACUUGCGCAGCAUCUACCGCACCCUCUCCUCCCCACCUGGACCGGUGUCAAGACAGAGCCAAGAAGACCGUGGGCGGGGGAGGGUGCAGGUGGCUGGCACGGCCGGACUUGCACCUGUUCGUACCAUCACAACCCCUGGUCCACAGCAAACACUUGACCAGGAUUUUAUGCAACAUCAGCAGCACCACAAUGAAUAAGAAAGACGACGGGAAUGACUGCGCGGCCAUGCUCACGACGUGUAUAGCCAGUGGGAGCGCAAGCGCAUCUAGCGGCAGGGUACCAGGUGUCAGAGAGUUGUCAGCGCACAGCAGGCUGAAAGGGCCACGUUUUGCUGAAUCAUGACAUGGCAGACGCGCACAAACCUUAAGGCCCAAAAACCAGAUAAGGAUAGACGUUCACGUCAGAAGGAGAUUCAAGAACAUUCCGACCUUUCUUUGGAUUUGAUGGUUUAUACGUGUGUUCCAAGUUGUUUGACACCCCUGUCCUUCGAGCUAGUCUUCUGCAGAUUCAGGGUGGCAGUAUUGCAGCUAUCGUCUUCUUCUCAGUAAAUAUUGUCUUUCGUAAUGUUUUUGAUCUGGAUGGAUAGAUGACCAUUUCCUCCGGCAGAUUGGUUGCAAGUGGAAUGAAAGGGCGACACAUGGUCCUGCAUUUGCCCGGAUCAUCACCCUCCAAGGGCUGGAUAACCGCUCGGUCAUCGACUGAGUAACGCUACCCACAAACGCACACCAGACUUUGUUUUUUUAGUCAGUAUGUUCAAAUUAGCAGUAGCUUUAUGAACCCUGGGCACGAGAUGGGUAACUGGUAUCCUACCAACUUGAUUCCUUUAAGCAUUCCUGAUCAAAAGCGGUUUCCAAAUUCUGGUUUCAGAGAGUCGACUGCGAAAAAAUAAGUAGAACAACAGUCAGGCUAGUUUUCCAGGUGAGAAAACGUGGUGUCCCCUGGAAACUGACAACCAGCCCCGCCAAAUCUAACAACAUUAAACUUCAAGGCUGGCGUAAAUUCAGAGAUCGGAUUCGAGAUCUUUAUUUUCAGGCCGUACGAUUGUUUUGAGGCCAUACAAGGCAGACUGAAGUAAUCCAGGGUUUUUUCAACGAAUAGAGAGCAUUAGUGACUUGCCAGGACGUUCAAAUAAGCAAAGCUGUCAUACAAUUAUUUGCAAAGCAUAUUGAUGCGUCUUAACUAGUCUGUGGACCGUGAAGAGGGAGUUUACCUUGAGCUCAAGGCGGAAGCGUAAAUCCGACCAUAAUAAACUGGCCUUACAGUUGAGAAACCAGGGAGUGGGUAUUGUUCUCAGAGAUUUUCAGAGGUGCCACACAUGCAUAGAAAUACAUCUUUUCAGGUACUAAACAAAACUCGACGUCGUCUGCCUUGUUUUCAAGUAAACGCAUCUUCUACUGCAACAGCUGUAGCCUCUGCCAACCCUUCAAGUUUACAACUAGUCAAAAUUAAAAGGAGAGUUCCAUGAAAUAGCACAGAGUAAGAAGAGCCGGUCAUUUGAGCCAAUAGCAAAUGUGACUAGUAGACCCGCACAGGGUGAUGUGCUUAUGGAUUGGUGUUGAUAAUCAGACGUACACACUAAAAUAAACAGUUAUCUAAUUAACUGUGGGUGUCCAUGCUUGGCGGCUGAUUACCACAUCACCGUAGUUGUUUACGUGUUCCGCGCAGCAGCGUUAAUCCACGCGACUACCGUGUGACUAAUUGUUUUGCCCUGGUAACGUUUUUUAAUGUUGACCAUCAAGGGAGAGACCUUUGCGCCUGUUGAUGAACUAAUAGUCAUACAGCUAUGAAUCGGCUAGCAACUCAUGCGAUUGUCACCCCGCAGGGUCUUCAAAUUAGUUGGACUUAAAAGUGAAGCCAGUCCCGUUGAAAGAAUGGGGUUUUGGCAGCUGGCGCCAUCAUCAUCGUUCGGAGAAGUCCUCAUGCGUCCGCGGCGCCGUACACUGCUCGUAACUUCGCAAAUACUCCAGACUUUUCUUGCUGUACAGCGAGCCCUUUGACCUCAUCACAUGUCGUUGGAUGAUUGUCUCCGGCCUGCGUAUAGCCCCUACUUAACUGGCUGAUAGCUUUUGAAGCGCUCUUGACCCACGGGGACACUCACCCACAUGGAAAUUUGGUGAAGCUUGAUUCUCCAUCUCGUCUUUCCUUGUUGCGGAACACGGCGUGAGUGGGGGCUUCCAGUAAGACAUGCAUCAUUGUCGUCGUAGAUUGCAUAAAUACAUGACAAUACACGAAAUUCGCCAGUUUCGUACCCCUCCAACAAAAACAAAAUUUAGUCCGAUGUUUCGCACAAAGAGCUAGAAAAAUUUGCUCAACAGAUCGCAUCGAGGAGAAGCUCAGAAAAAUCCAGGACUUCCUUCGCGAAAACGGGUCUCCUGACAGGUUUAUUGCAAAGAACAUUGCCGAACGACCGAUAAAACCCGCCACACCGACCGCCGAAAAGAAAAUUUUGUUCCUAAAAGUCUCUUUCCAAGGGGACGAUGCGAGUGAACUCCUAAGGAGACGCCUUGAUCAAUCUGUCUCGCGAACAUUCCCAGCAGCAAGGGUCCGAAUAUCAUUCUCUACUAAUUAUAUGCGGAGAAGGUAAGGAUAAGUUGCCACCGCAGACCACCUCAAUGUGCAUCCAUUCCUUCAUCUGACCCUGUGGAGCAGGUUAUAUUGGUCGCACAAGUCGGCGCUUAUCCCAGAGAAUACGGAAACACCUCCCAGCAUGGCUGGGAAAAGGCGAAACAAGGAGCAUAAGCAGUGCCAUUCUCGCGCAUGUUGUCGAUUCCGGACAUCGUGUGGAUCCCAACGAAGCUUUUCGUGUGAUUUAUAAGAUCCCAUUGAGCUAUCCGAAGCUACUGGGCCAGCACCCGUUAGCGACAGCAAAAGCGGCCGCCAUCAGGUUACAAAAGCCAAUCUUAUGCGCACAGAAGAACCACGUUCAGGCUCCGCGCCUCCAGUGGUCGAAGGUCGACCAACACUGCAACACUCCGCGCCCUUCCGCCCUCACCCCGCCCCUGACACUGACUGCUAUUACCCCCCCCCUCCCCCCCAUCCCCUACAUUCCCACACCCCGCCUGUGUUUUAAGUCGAACUUUUAUCGAUUCCUCUUAUCGCUGAUAUGUUUUACUUCUACCCCGUUCCCAUAUUAACGUACUGGCCCGACGAGAAUUUAUCAAAAGCUACGCAUGCUCGCCACCUCGUCUUCUGAUUGCCUAAAUCUUCGUAAAGACCAGCGUAGCAAUCUACGACGCACACCGGAUCGCCACUGUCAAAACAGAAAGGACAGCUCGCAACUCACAAGCGCUUGGGGUCCACAAAGCCAACAGCCAACAACUUCCAACAUGCCCACGCUACCAUAGCACAUUCUGCGCGCGAAACGGCCUCGUCUGACAGCUUCGGACGCAAUGUAAUGACAUUCCAAAAAGAACGACAAACAAACACCCCCUACUGCCACGUCUGUCUCAAGUUCCACGACGACGACCACUCCCAUCGCCGGAGGUUACACUGGUGGUGCCCCGCUGCCCUCAAAGACUGACGCUAUACCGCCUGCGUCGAUCAAAGCGACCAACUCCUCCAACAUCACCACUUUUCCCACUCCCGUCACCAAUGUGACGACAUCCGAUGUCCCGUCAGGUAAUACGUUCGACCCCACAGACCCCACCACCGAAAAUGCGGAUUUGAUCCCCACCUGGCCAUAUUACGAUCUCCUAUUCACUUUGGGCAUUAUCCUGGCAGGCCACUUGCGAGUCUGGCACACGGGAACGGAUGCGCCAAUGCUCGCACCCGCCUCCGCAGCCCGCAGUGCGACUGUCGUUGCCGACGAUGUCCACCGUAUGCUCAACAGUAAGGUAAACUAG